AUGGCUACUACAAUUCCAGUCUUAAAUAUAGAAACUAGUGAAUUAUAAUAAUAUUCAAAAAUAUUGCCUGAAGAAUGCUUACUAGUCCUAAAACUUGGAGCUAAACUAUAUUGCUGCAGUUUGGAUUAUUUCUGUUACUAUAAAGAAACGAAGACUACGUACACGUGA